GAUACACCAAGUAAAAAUUAGUAUUUAUAAAUUACAUUUUUAAACAAAUUUUAAGUAAAUCUAAUAGAACUACUAGUACACACUAAAUUUAAUACAUAUCCUUUAAGAAACUAAUAUGGUUUGUUCAACUUCUAAUGAGUUAAGGAAUAAAAUGCAAUCACAAUUAAAAUGGAAUGACAUUAAUAAUUUUAAUAAACAUUUGAAUGACUGUGGUAAGAACAAGUCAUUUUGUAAGGAUUUUAUUGAAGUAAAUUUACAUCCAACUACUUGUAAUGAGGUGAAGGAUGAAUGCAAAAUUUCAUGUUCAUCCAACAAUCCAUUGGAAAGAAUAAUGAAUAAUAAAGUUAAUUGCUGUAUUGAAUCACCAAUAAUAACUUUCAAUGAUAAAUCAAAACCUUUUCCAGAAAAACUAUUCUCAAAAAGAACAUCUUUUCAAAUUCAAGAAUCAGCUGUUGAAAUUGAUCUUAAGUGUAUUUGUAUGAAAUUUAAUGGUCUACAGGAUAAAUGUGAGCAUCCAGAUUGUAAAAAUAAAACAGAAUGUCUUAAAUGGCCAUCUCCAAUAUGCUUACCUGCCCAAAAUUGGAAGAAAUAUUACUACGAGUAGUUUUUAAAACACAAAAAAAUUUAUUUAAG